AUGGAGGAGGAACUUCGUUGUCCGGUGUGCAAGCAGCUUUACGCCAGCCCGGUUCUGCUGCCCUGCUACCACGCACUUUGUCUCGCCUGCGCCCUGGACAUUCAAACGACGUCCUCGUCAUCCGCGUCCUCUUCCGCAUCCUCAUCCGCAUCGUCCUCAUCUGCGGCAUCGACCGCAUCCGGGGGUGCAUCCGGUUCUGCCCAAGGACACGCCGCACCUUGCCAUCCAGCGAUUGCGGCCGCUCACCUGCAACAUUCGCAGCAUUCCUCGGCGGCCAGUACCGGCAGUUCGAGCGCCACCGAAAGCGUGUCCUCCGACCAGGAUCAAGCCGAUAAAGUGAGCAUCCUGAGCGAAGCCGACUCGGGUGUCAUCUGCUGCACAUCCCGGCCAGGUUCGUACGCCGGCACACCGAACCUCCACGGGCUGCUGUUUCCACCGGCCGGUUCAGGUGGGUCGGUUUAUUCGCUCGCGUGUCCCGUCUGCCGGAAGCUGGUGUUUUUCGACGAGCUCGGUGCCCGCAAUCUGCCACUGUACCGUGCGAUGGAAUCGAUCGUGGACCGGUUCUGCGAACGGGAAGCACUCCGGUGCCAGAUGUGCGAAACUGAACCACCGAAAGUGGCCACCGUCAUCUGCGAGCAGUGCGAAAUCCGGUACUGUGACGCGUGCCGUGAACUGUGCCAUCCGGCUCGUGGACCGUUGGCGAAGCACAGCCUCACGAAGCCACGUGGAGCGUGCCAGCUGCGGGAAUCGAUCUGUGGUGAGCACACGGAACCACUCACGAUGUACUGCAUGGGAUGUAAGCUGCCCAUCUGCAACCAGUGUACCAGCGAUAAUCGCCACCAGUCGCACGAUCUCCAGUCCAUUACGGCGAUGUGUAAGGCGCAGAAGACUGAACUAUCCCACAACCUACAGCACCUGUCGGAGAAGGCGCGUUCGACAACCGAAUUCAUCCAAAGACUGAAGGGAAUGAGCGACAAAGUGACGGAUUCGUGCAUCGAGUUCGAACGGCUCGUCACGGUACAGUGCGAGACGCUGAUAGCGGCCAUUACCGCCCGAAGGGACGUCCUACUCGAUGUAAUUCGAAGCGAUAAGGAAGCCAAAAUACGCACGCUGAAGGAUCAACAGGCGAGUUGCACGGGGAAGCUCCAGCAAACGACCGGCCUGAUUCAGUUCUGCAUCGAAGCGCUCAAAGAGACGGAUAGUGCAGCAUUUUUGCAGGUUGGCUCGAUGUUAAUUAACCGCGUCGCGAACACGGACAUGACCUGGCACCAGGAGGUCACGAAUGCGGCCCCGCGCGUAUCACCAAUUAUCGAUCUCACGCUCGACGACUCGUCGGUGGUGCGCGCCAUCGAUAAUCUCAACUUCAUCCAGAUGAAGCCUGCCAAGGAGGGCGAGGAACGGCUACCGGCAGUACCCCUAGCACCCGUCAUCAUUCCGGAGGACUGCUCGGCGGAGAACAACUCCGUAACUGUUGCGUGGCAGGCGCCAAGCCACUCGUUCGUGCAAGGAUACGUGCUCGAGCUGGACGACGGCAGCGGCGGCGAGUUCCGGGAGGUCUAUUGCGGCAAGGAAACGAUCUGCACCGUCGACGGGCUGCACUUCAACUCGAUGUACAACGCGCGUGUUAAAGCCUUCAACAACACCGGUGAGGGUGAAUAUUCCGAGCUUAUUGGAUUACAGACGGCAGAAGUCGCAUGGUUCACAUUCGAUUCGGUCCUCAGUGGUGGUCCCUGUUCCGGGCUAAACUUCUCCGGUGGCAACCAGACCGUUUCGGCCGACGGCUGGGAGCACCGGGUGGCGCUCGGUUCCGUUGGAUUCUCGAGGGGCGUGCACUACUGGGAGUUUACCAUCGACAAGUACACCGCCGACACGGAUCCGGCCUUUGGCGUGGCCCGACUUGAUGUGGCCCGCGAUAAGAUGCUCGGCAAAGACGACAAGGGCUUCGCGAUGUACAUCGACCGGCAGCGGUCCUGGUUCCAGCACAACAGUGUCCACGAGCGUCGCGUCGAGGGCGGGAUUUCCACUGGCAGCACCGUCGGUGUGCUGCUCGAUCUGGAACGGCACACGCUGCAUUUCAUCGUGAACGAAAUGCCGCAGGGUUCGGUGGCGUUCCGGGACCUUUAUGGUGUGUUCUACCCUGCCGUCAGUGUCAACCGGGGCGUCACGUUGACCCUGCACUCGGGUAUGGACGCGCCACGCAUGGAUUAUCACUAG